GCUCCCGGGCGGAGGGCGGGGGUAGGGCGUCCCGCGGGCCGAGCGCGUCUCCGGCUGAGCGCAUCUCUGCGGAGCGGCGCGGGAAGGAUGCUGGUCGGCGGGGGCGCGCGCGCCGGGCGCGGGAUGCCGCGGGGCUGGACCGCGCUCUGCCUGCUCAGUCUGCUGCAUGAGGCUGCUUUGGGUGGAGACCGGAGUGAGAGCCUGCCACCAGGGAGCACUGCCAUGCCACCAACAGAGAAGAGAAGCCAUUCAGUCUCUGGGUUCACAAAUACGGAAAACAUGACUACUGUUACCACAAAGUCAACCACCGCAAAAAUAAGUUCAACUGUGUCUGCAAAUAUGUCCAACCAGGAAGCCACCACACUAAGUCCACUUGGAAGUACCACGCCGUACCCUGGCUCUGAGGACAGCUAUGGGACCACAGCAGCCAUCUCAGAGACUACGGUCAACUUCACUUCUACCUCUGAGAUCACCCCAGUGCCUGAAACUGGGAACUCUACUGUCCAGUCUGUCCAGUCACAGACCUCUUUAAGUGUCACAGUGUCUUCCACCACAACCAACUUUUCAACUUCAAACACGACCUUGAAGCCCAGCACGCCACCCGGAAACGUUUCGGAUCUCCCAUAUAACAGCACCAUCCGUGUGACAUCUUCCACUAAGCCUUAUUCAUCACUUUCUCCCACCCUAAGUACCGUCAAGGGAGAAAUCAAAUGUUUCCGAGUCAAAGAAGUGAAAUUGACCCAAGGUAUCUGCCUAGAGCUAAAUGAGACCUCUAGCUGUGAGGAAUUUAAGAAGGAUAAUGGAGAGGAACUGACUCAAGUCCUGUGUGAGAAGGAACGGGCUGAGACUGGUAUGUGCAUCCUGCUCCUGGCCCAGUCUGAGGUGAAACCUCACUGCCUGCUCCUGCUCCUGGCCAACAGAACAGAACUUUCCGAUAAGCUCGAUCUUCUGAAAAAGCACCAGCAUGACCUGAAAAGGCUCGGGAUCAAAGACUUCUCUAAACAAGAUGUUGGGAACCACCAGAUCUAUUCCCGCAAGACCCUGAUUGCACUGGUCACCUCAGGGAUCCUACUGGCUGCCUUGGGCACCACUGGCUAUUUCCUGAUGAAGCGCCGCAGUUGGAGCCCCACAGGAGAAAGGCUGGGCGAAGACCCUUAUUACACGGAGAACGGUGGAGGCCAGGGCUAUAGCUCAGGCCCUGGGGCCUCCCCUGAGGCUCAGGGAAAGGCCAAUGUGAACCGAGGGGCUCAGGAGAACGGGACCGGCCAGGCCACAUCCAGAAAUGGCCAUUCAGCAAGACAACACGUGGUGGCUGAUACUGAAUUGUGACUCGGCUGGGUGGGGCAAGGCUGGGCAGCAUCUGGGGAAGGGGCCCCUCCCUGCAUCUGACCACUUGCUGCCUCCAUUCUGGAGCACCCUUCCUUACAUUCUCCCUUUUCCUGCUGCACACACCCUUAGAGGCUGUUUCUGGGGCCCCAUACUGCCCUGGGGCCGAGGGGUUCUCUCCACCUUGGGGAUAGGGAGCUAACCCCCGUCGUUUGCAUGUUCAGCUUACUAAGCCCAAACUCUGGUUUACUCUGAGUAAAGGCAUAGGGAGAAGGUGGGGGGGUGGAUACCAAAGUGCAGAGAAGCUACUAGGGUUGGAGGGUGAGGUGAUGAUCUUGCAUCAUUCACACGUGGGCUUCUGUCCUCUCUCUCCUCUCUGCUGUAGUAAGGGAGCUCCCAGGGGAAGCAUGGGCUUUUUUCUGGGCUAGAAUUUCCUCCCAGGAGACUUUGCCUUUUCCUGUUUCUUCUUCCUAUCUAUCUUCUCUACAUUAGGGAAUCCAAAGCAACCCAGUGCACCUGCUCCCUGGUAAUGAUAGAGCCAGAAAGACUCGUCCCUCUAAACCGUUCCCCUUAUGCCCUCGCCAGGGGCACUGUGGAUUCAGGCACUGGCUUCCCUCAUGCUCUCCAGUUUCCCCUGAGCCCCACACCUCGCUCCACAUCUGCAUACAGAAGCCUGCAUCGUUUUCUGGCUGAGCCUGGAAUGAGGCUCCAAGUUUUGAACAAUGUCUUGUGCCGUGUUUGGGAGACAGGGUAGGAGGACAUGGGCCCAUACAUUCCUACCUGUUGGGGAGGGGGAGGGAGUGGGAGACAACGAACAGCUCAGUCUUUGUCUCUCUGGGGCUUCCAGAGCCUCAUCUUGGGCCCCUGUUUCUCCCUGUGGGUCAGAGUGGACAGGACCAUGCGACCCGAUCUUUGAGCCAAGCCUCUUGACUUGUGCACUUCUGAGGAAGCCCCUUGCUCACAGGCUAGGUCCUGGCCUUACCCUCUGAUCUCAAUGGCUUCUUCCUUCCUCCCCCUGACUCCUGGGUUGAGCUGUGAACUCAGACUCCCAGAAGACUCCUUUCGGUCUCUGUCUCCCUCACCCCAACCUCCUCACUGCUCCGUACCCCCAUGUAGUCAGGGCCCCUUGACGUCUCCAGAGAACCUUCACCACAAGCCACCUCCUCUGUGGGUUACCCAGGUUCUCAUUUGUAUUUUUGGUUUUUUUCCAGAGGGGUAAGCAGAGAUCCUGGUUUCAAUGACGGUUGGAAAUAGAACUUUCCAGAGAUAGGAAGAUUGGGUGGAUUUUAUUUCUGAAUAAAAAAUGGUGUGUGUAAAUACUGUAAUUAAAGUGAUGCUGAGACACA